CAACACCGCUUGGGAAAAGAUCCAACGCCAAAAACCAUCAGGAACUACGUCAAGGAAGCUAAUUUUGGAAUUUUUCAAUCUCUACAUAACUAGAGGGAUUUUUUAAAAAUCUUUUGCCAUUUUACUUUGCUUAGUUUAACAAUGGCCAAUGGUGGAAUACAGCUUCUUGGCUUCACGCUGGCCUUCCUGGGCUUCAUCGGCUCAAUAGCAUCCACAGUCAUGGUGGAGUGGAAAGCUUCGUCCUAUGCAGGAGACAACAUCAUAACAGCUCAGGCGUUGUAUGAAGGGCUGUGGAAGACCUGUGCGUCACAGAGCACGGGUCAAAUUCAGUGUAAAGUGUAUGAUUCACUUCUUCAACUACCAGGGAUUGUACAGGGCACACGAGGGCUGAUGUUGUCCUCCAUCUUGCUGUGCUUUAUUGCCAUCUUGGUGGCGACGGUGGGCAUGAAGUGCACCACCUGUAUGGCAGAGGAGCCGCAGCAGAAGGACAAAGUGGCUCUAGCUGGAGGAGUUAUCUUCAUUAUUGCAGGUUUGCUUGCUCUGGUGGGAACAUCUUGGUACGGCCACAGGAUAGCACAAGAUUUCUACAACCCAUUCACUCCGACUAACUCAAGGUUUGAAUUUGGAAGUGCCCUGUACGUCGGAUGGGGAGCUGCAUGUCUCAUCAUUAUAGGGGGAGGCUUCCUCUGCUGCAACUGCUCCAGCAAAGGCUCAGGGAAAUCUCCACGCUACCCACCAACCCGCUCUGCAGACCCGGGCAGGGACUACGUCUAGGUGGAUUGUAACUCCAUCCAGCCUCUGCUAAUGGAAGAGAACUGUCUUUACAGUGGAUAUAUCUUCCCGUUGUCUUUCAUAUAUGAUUCAGUAUGGUUUAAUGUUUUGCAGCAUGUACAUUUGCAGGUGUUGUGUUGGUGUAUGUUUAUAUUUGUUGGGGGUUUUUGGUAGCCAACAUAGAUCACACACAUAAAUAAAAAAAAAAAAAACAAGGAUCUACACAAAUCAUCGACAGUAAAUGUCACUUUGAAAUUAAAUAACAUGUAUGAUAACUGUGACUAAGAACACAAGUACGAUAAAUAUGUAUUAAAGCUUGAAUUAUUUUUCAAAUUAAAGAUUCAACAUGUUCAGGACAUUCAGGAUUUUUACACAGUGUCUGAAUAAUAACUUAUUACAGUCUGCUGACGUUGACACUGUUUUGCACCUGUUACUUUGCUUUGUUUG